AAGUUGUUACAAAUAAAGAAAAUGUUACGUAGCUAGCUAGCCGAAUGAAUGAAUUUUUGCCCUUGUACGUGGGCUCAUUUAUAAUGAAUGCUUUCCCCAAAAUUUCUUAAAUGAAGACUUUGAAAACUGGUUCUAUCGCUUCCCCUCAAGAUCCAAUAGCGUUAUCUCCACCAGUAGGUUGCUAUGGCUACGAGGAUGAAGUUGAAACUGAAGACCGUCUUUGUCCUCUAUUUCAUGGUUUCGCUCAUGGGCCUCAUCUAUGCUCUGAUGCAGCUAGGCCAGCGCUGUGACUGUUCAGAGCAUGACAUGCCCAAGGAUCGUACCAUUUCUCGGCUGCGGGGGGAACUGCACAGGUUGCAGGAGCAGAUGAGGAAGGCGGAGGCAUCAAAACCUCUCCAGAAAACACUGGCUAAAGCAGCUCAACCCACCAUUUAUGUCAUCACACCCACCUAUGCCAGGUUGGUCCAGAAGGCAGAAUUAACCCGGCUUGCCCAGACAUUCCUCCAUGUGCCUCAGCUCCACUGGAUUGUUGUUGAAGACUCUCCCCAUAAAACACCUCUCGUAACUGCAUUCCUGGCCUCCAGCGGCCUGGCCUACACACACCUUCACACCCCCACGCCACGUGACCGCAAACUACAGGAGGGUGACCCUAGCUGGUUGAAGCCUCGUGGGGCUGAGCAGAGGAAUGAGGGGCUAAGGUGGCUAAGAGAGGACAGGAGGGGGCAGCCUGGAGCUGACACACAGCUGGGGGUCAUCUACUUCGCUGACGAUGACAACACGUACAGCCUGCAGCUCUUUGAGGAGAUGCGUGAUACUCAGCGGGUAUCCGUGUGGCCUGUCGGCCUUGUGGGGGGUAUGAGGUAUGAGAGACCUGUGGUGGAAGGAGGGAGGGUCGUGCGCUUCCACACUGGCUGGCGCCCCAGCCGACCCUUCCCACUGGACAUGGCUGGCUUCGCUGUGUCGCUCAAGCUGGUGAUAGCCAAUCAGGAUGCGUGUUUUGAUGGUGAUGCUCCAAUGGGGUUCCUAGAAAGCAGCUUCCUGCAAGGAUUGGUUACCAUGGACGAACUGGAACCGAAGGCGGAUAAUUGCACUAAGGUGUUGGUGUGGCACACGCGGACAGAAAAGCCUAAGAUGAAGAGAGAAGAAGCUCUGCAGAAACAAGGCCUGGGGUCUGAUACUGCGGUUGAAGUGUGAGGACCAGACACACACAACAACAACAGUGCAUAUAUUCAUAUACACACAACACGCAAGUGCACACACCUGCGAACAUCCUCAAUGCCCAGCUGUUCCACCGCUCCACAACCACACUUUCCGUUGGUCCAAAAUGGCACCUUAUUCCCUGUAUAGUGCAUUUUCUCCGGCUCAAAGGAUUACCUCUAUCGGUCUCCAGUUAGCUGAAUAUGAAACUCACAGUAUGUGUCCCAAAUGGAACCCUAAUCCCUCAAUGGUGCAGUAUUUUUGACAAGGGCUGAUAGCUCUCUGGGUAGAAAUAGUGGACUAUUUAAGAAACUGGAUUCCACUUUGGAUGCUGACACAAUGUACAUAGUGUAAGAUAUUAUGUAAAGACUAAGACAAGUCUGCAUAUAUUUAAAUGUUGCGUCAUUGCUGUUUGUAACUGAAUGUGUGUGUGUUUGUGUAUAAUUACAGAAUGUACUGUAUGUGUUUGUUAGUUAAUACUGAAUGUACAUUUUGAAUGUAUAUGUUAGUGCUAGGGUUGCAGAAUUCCAUGAACUUGCAAAAUUGACAGGUUUCCUACUUGAAAGAUUACAGGGAAAAGUUAUGAGAAGAAAACUAGCAGGUGAUCUGGAAUCCUAACUUUUCUGCAAAACCUGUACAUUUUAAAGUUACUGGAGUUUUGUACAUAAUGUUUAUUAGUGGAGUACUUUUCCGUAUAUAAUGUAUUAUGAUCAAAAUACUUAGUGCCUGAGUGUUUUGUGGUGCCUGUUGAAUCUGUCUGUGAGAAAGUUCAUUAUGUGCAUUCCAAGAGGCACCAUGUAGUAGUGCACUACCUUUGACCAGGGCACACGUCUCCAAAAGUGUCUGCCUACAUAGGGAAUGCACUCUCAAAGUUGUUUGGCCAUCAUCAUCUUAACUGUCCUUGCCUUGAAAAUGCGUAAAUAAAUAAUGUAUAUUAUUUAAA